UGUUAGUUUUACUCCGAUCCGAUUUCAGUCGCCCGCCAAUUGCCGACGCGUUGUUCAAGAUAUUAGCUAAACCUCCAGGCCCAUACGCCGCCUCUCUCAAACAUUCGGGCGCGCGAUAGACCGGCUGAAAGAGGUUUGGCACUGUUGCAUAGGCUUGUAUAAGCGGGGUUCUUUAGCCAAUAAGACAAUGUGUCUUUUCAAUAACAGGAGGGCGUGUGUGAGUGAGUGAGGCUUAGAGGUGUUUAUGUUAAAGGGAAGCAGUCACCCGCCACAUCUUACCUUCCACUCCAUCAUACCCGAUCACUAUACUCCUUCAACAAACAUCAUGUCAGUACUCGCAUCGACAUCUUUGCGCUCUUUGCGUGCUUCGACAAGUCGCAAUGGCGUGAUGGGCAGUCUCAAUGCCGUUCGUGGUUUGGCAACUCCAGCUGAAGUUCAAGCUGGAACAGCACCAACAAAGCCAGCAAACGUAAAAGAUUUCAAAAUUUACAGAUGGAACCCAGACGAGCCAGCAAAGAAGCCUUAUUUAGAAACAUACAAAGUUGAUUUGAACUCUUGUGGACCAAUGGUACUUGACGCUUUGAUCAAAAUCAAAAACGAAAUUGACCCAACUCUCACUUUCCGUCGUUCUUGUCGUGAAGGUAUUUGUGGUUCAUGCGCAAUGAACAUCGGAGGUGUAAACACUUUGGCUUGCUUGUGCCGUAUCGAUCAAAGUGCAGACACAAAGAUUUACCCUCUACCUCACAUGUACAUCGUUAAAGAUUUGGUACCCGACAUGACUCAAUUCUACAAACAAUACCGUUCUAUCGAACCAUUCUUGAAGUCCAAGGAAGAACCAGCAGACGGAAAGGAACAUUUACAAUCUCCCGAAGAACGUAGACGUCUCGAUGGUUUGUACGAGUGCAUUCUAUGUGCAUGCUGUUCGACCUCAUGCCCUUCAUACUGGUGGAACAGUGACGAGUACCUUGGACCUGCAGUUUUGAUGCAAGCCUACCGUUGGAUCGCAGACUCGCGUGAUGGAUUUACCGCCGAACGUAAGGAGAAAUUGGAAAACACCUUUUCGCUUUACAGAUGUCACACAAUCAUGAACUGCUCUCGUACAUGUCCUAAGGGAUUGAACCCGGGUCAAGCAAUCGCACAAAUCAAAAAGGAGAUGGCUAUGGGAUCACCACAAUCAUCCACCCAACGUCCACUCAUGAGCACAGGCCAUAACACACACGGAUAAACAAGUUCGCACGUGUUAGACUUAAUCAUUCUGCUAUUCAUGUGAUAAUAAAUCGCUCUAUUCUUGAUCUCAUUUCACUUACAUACAAUACGAUAAAGUGUAUAUUUCUAUGUUGUGUGUGUGUUUGUGUGUGCGUGCGUAUCUGUAUAUAUUGGUGUAUUGUACACGAAAGGUGGCAGAAAAUU